UCUCUCUCUCCUCGUUUCUCUUCUCUCAUUUCGUCUCCUCCAACUCCAAGCCCUGAUUCGAGAGAGAUUCUGUAACCAUGGCGAACAACAACGAGUGCGAAUGCGCGUCGCCGAGCUAAGGCGAGGCUUACCGGCACGGAAGUGGUUCCGGCCAGGAGUCAGGAUGCCGGAUAUACGAUUCCAAUUUCGUUCGUGAUAUCCUUUGUGGUUUACAUGCACAGGCACAUCUGGAGAAUAAUGUCUACGAGAUUCGCCUUACGUUCGAUUCAUGGAAUGUUCCAUCCAUGGCCUCUUUCAGGCCAAAACUCUGUACAUAAUCUUGAUAUUGUCGGCCUUGGUUCUCCGAGACCCGACGUCAUCAUCUCAAGCUUUGGACGUCACUCGGUUUGGAGCACUUGGAGAUGGGAUUACAGAUGAUUCGCAGGCGUUCCUCAGAAGUUGGGAAACUGUGUGUAAAGGGACAGGACAUGGCACAGACACGGAGCUUAUCGUACCAGCAGACAAGAUAUUUAUGCUACAACCCUUGAAAUUUCUAGGUCCUUGCAAAUCUGGCCCCAUUAAUUUUCAGGUUUACGGAGAUAUCGUUGCACCAAGAAGAAACCAAAAGAAAUGGAAGGGCGACAACGAUAAUUGGAUCGUCUUCUCCGACAUCGAUGACCUAAUCGUCGAAGGUGACGGCCUAAUCGACGGCCAGGGAUCCAGCUGGUGGAAAUACGAAAACGAUCCACGACCUACCGCAUUGAAGUUCAAGAAAUGCAAGAACCUUCAACUCAGAGGGUUAAGGCACAUUGAUAGUCCAAUGGCUCAUAUUCAUAUAAACAAUUGUUAUGGUGUGACCAUUUCGGAUCUUCGGAUAACGGCGCCGGAAUCAAGCCCUAAUACCGACGGUAUUGAUAUCGCCGGUUCAACCAACGUCCAAAUCCAAAACUGCUUCAUCGGCACCGGUGAUGAUUGCAUUGCGAUCAACUCGGGUUCAUCUCUCGUCAACAUCUCCGGCGUACAGUGCGGUCCAGGCCACGGCAUAAGCAUUGGAAGCUUGGGGAAAGAUGGGGAGAAAGCUUCAGUGGAAGAGGUAUAUGUCCAAAAUUGCAGCUUCACAGGAACUACAAAUGGAGCAAGGAUCAAAACUUGGCAGGGAGGAUCUGGUUACGCGAAAAACAUUGUUUUCCGAGGAAUUAAGCUCGAUAAAGUCCGGAACCCGAUCAUAAUCGAUCAGUACUACUGCAUUCGUGGUUCAAAGUGCAAGAACCAGACAUCGGCCGUGAAAGUGAGCAAUGUGCUAUACGACGGAUUUGUCGGAACGUCGAGUACGGAGAUCGGGGUCACGUUCAGUUGCAGCGAGACGGUUCCAUGUACGGACAUCUACAUGAGUAACAUCGACAUAGAUUCCGAAGAGAGAGGCGAGAUCGCUGUGCGUGGAGCGUGUUUAAACGCGAAAGGAUUCUCGUCUACGCCUACCUUGCCGGGUCUAGAUUGUCUAACCCUAGCCAGAAACCCGCCUCAGCCGUCGCCUGGUCGGGAUUUUACGCCGCCGGGCCAUUUGACACCGUGGGUUUUCGAAGGCAAAGGAAAGCGAAAUCGAGUCCCAGAAACGGUCUUGGCUCUGUUUUUGUGCUGGGUAAUAUACUUUAGAUACAUACUCUAAAGUCGCAAUUGCAAAAGCUUUCAUAUCGAUGGU